AUGGCUCCCAAGGUUCUCGUUGUCCUGACCUCCCAGGCUCAAAUUCCUGACCGCGACCACGCCACAGGAUGGUACCUGCCCGAGUUCGCCCACCCGUGGGAGGUCCUCCAUGAGAAGGUCGAGCUCACCAUCGCCUCUCCGAAGGGUGGUGAGGCUCCCCUCGACCCCUCUUCUGUCGAGGCGUUCAAGAGCGAUCCCGUGUCCUCGAAAUUUCUGAAGGAGCAGGAGUCGCUUUGGAAGAACACCCACAAGCUGGCUGAUUUCCUGCCUCGCGUUUCGGAGUUCGAUGCCAUUUUCUACGUUGGUGGCCAUGGACCUAUGUUUGACCUCCACUACGACGAGACCUCCCUCUCACUGAUCCAGGCUUUCGCUGCCGCCGGAAAGCCCGUCUCCGCCGUCUGCCACGGCCCGACCGUGUUCAUCAAGGCGACCACCAAGUCCGGACAGCCCUUGCUCGCCAACUCCACCGUUACCGCCUUCACCAACGUCGAGGAAGACCAGGCACAAUUGACCGCGCUCAUGCCAUACUUGGUCGAGGAUGAGUUGAACAAGAUCCCCGGAUGUAAAUUUGUCAAGGCCGAUCAGCCGUGGGGCGAGAAGGUUGUUGUGUCGAAGACGUCCGACGGCGCUACUCUGAUCACCGGUCAGAACCCGGCCAGUGCGACGGGCUUAUUUUUCUUCCGUCGGAUUCCGACGGAUCAAUGUACAUCUAACACGCAGACCACACUGACAGCGAUGAUCGCCCCUGAUCUAUGGGACCGUGGGCGAAUCAGCCUUACUCAAUGCCGAGCGUGGUCUUCAAACACCGGAGAUACAAAGGACGAGGAGACUGAUAAGCACCCCCGCACCAAUAUCCUGAAGACCUCCCAUUUGGGAAAUCGACAGGGCGGUUCAGGUACUAAAUUAGCCAAGACUCUAGCAGCGGCCAAAGGCGUUGCGGCAUUGCAGAAUGUGUGCUGCUUCAUUGCAUCCGCUCAUAUGAAGAGAUAUGCAAGGGAUGGUGCUGAUCGCCUGGCAAGUGAGAUAUAUAAAGGUCGCCAGCACAAUAAUGAGUUGGCUGGGUUAACGGUCGCUGCUCAGGGCUCGCAGGAUGGCUAUGACCGGGAUUUAUUUCCUCAUUGGAUCAGCCAGGGCGAUUCAUGCGACACUCGUGAAGUCGUUCUUGCCCGCGAUGGUGAGGACGUCGAAAAGAAUGAUUCUUGUUCCCCCACUAGUGGAACCUGGUACUCGCCGUAUGAUGGGAAGACCUGGACGGAUAAAAGCGAUCUGGACAUCGACCAUGUUGUACCGCUUUCCAAUGCCUGGAAGAGUGGGGCCUCAGACUGGACCACCGACCAACGUCAGGCUUUCGCCAAUGACUUGGAGAACCCUCAACUCCUCGCGGUGACGAACUCUGUUAACCGUGAGAAGAGCGAUGAUGGACCGGAGGACUGGAAGCCUCCUCUGACUUCGUAUUAUUGCACCUACGCGAAGAUGUGGGUUAAAGUUAAGUCGGUGUAUAACCUGACUAUUACACAGGAUGAGAAGAGUGCUCUUGUUGAUAUGCUGGACUCGUGUUAG